AUGUCCAUCGACACUUUCGACUUUACUAUAUACGAGCGCCUGGACACCGUAGAGAGGUACUGGGCAAGCAAAGCACUGCUUUUCGAGGCCCAUGGGUACGCACUACGCCCGCGAUACCGACCUGGCUGGACGCCGUCGUGGAGGGGCAAGCCGAUAACGGCCAUCCUGUUUGCGGAAGACGCGCUGUCAUUGCAUGCCAGAGCAAAUGUCAUAGACGCAACGCACGUAUCCGACGGCAGACUUGUAUACCUCAAGAAGAUCCACCCCGAUUCCGAGGAGCUGCAGUUGUUGCGAUACCUCUCGUCGCCGGAGAUGCUCCGAGAUCCGCAUAAUCACUGCGUGCCCCUGCUGGAUGUAAUUCACGACCCGUCUGACCCUCAGACAUGUUUCGUUGUGAUGCCGUAUCUGCGGUACAUUGACUAUCCUCACCCUGAACUCGUUGAAGACAUGCUAGAGUGUGGUGAACAAAUCCUUGGGGGACUGGUCUUCUUGCACGACCACGGCGUAGCCCAUCGUGACUGCGCCUAUAAGAAUAUCAUGAUGGACGCCGCGGCGAUGUUCCCCAAGGGCUUUCACCCUUUGAACGAAUCCAGGUUGCCUGAUAACUCAGGAGCGGCCCCUGUUCUGCACCGCAUUGACAUUCCCGUCAAGUACUACUUCAUCGACUUCGGGAUAUCUACGCUGUUCGCACCGGACGAUCAUCCUAGGCUUGUUGUUGGACGCCAGGGCUUAGACGACGAGGUCCCCGAGUUAUCUGACACUGUCCCGUAUGAUCCCUUCAAGACCGACAUCUUCAUCAUAGGAAACUUGCUGCGGCAAAGGUUCCUUCAGAAAUACUCCAACGUUGAUAUGUUCACCCCGCUGGUCGAGCGGAUGGUCAACAACGAUCCUAGCCAGCGUCCAAGCGCUUCGGAAGCGCUCCGGGAGUGGAAAACCAUCCUAUCGCUCAAUAUGGUCGUCUGCGAGCUCGACGAGGACGACUCCUUUGCGCGCCUUACAGACGAAGAGAUUUAUUGGCGGGAUCACCAAGAAUUCCUCGAAGCGCAUGGUUACAUGCUACGCGCUCGUUACCAGCCGGGCUGGACGCCGUCUUGGAGAGGGAAACCUGAAGAAACCAUCUUGGACAGUGAGGAUGCCUUUUCCUUGCCACUCCGGACGAAAGUCAUGGACGCAACGCGUAUAUCGGACGGGACUCUCGUUUAUAUCAAGAGAACUCCUGUCGGUUCCGAGGAGCUACAAAUCCUCUCAUACCUCAACUCAGAAGAACUCCGGCAAGACCCUCGUAACCACUGCAUUGCUUUGUUGGACGUGUUGCGAGAUACCGCUGAUCCCAACAUCGCAUUCAUGGUAAUGCCUUUCAUGAAAUAUAUCGACUCGCCGCCCAUGGAGCGAGUCGAAGAUGUCCUUGAUUGCUUCGACCAAAUUUUGGAGGGCCUCGGGUUUAUCCAUGACCAUGGCGUCGCGCACAGAGAUUGCGCAUACAAGAACAUCAUGAUGGAAGCGUCUGCUCUGUUUCCACGGGGUUUCCACCCGGUAAUACAGAGCUUGCUUCCAGAUAUCUCGGGCGAGGCACACCCUCUGUCCCGAGCAGGCGUACCUAUCAACUAUUACUUCAUAGACUUCGGUAUUUCGUCGCGCUUCGCCCCCGAUGCCACUUCGAGGCUCGUCGUCGGCUCGUCGGGUCUCGACCAGGAGCCGCCAGAAUUAUCGGAUACCGUGCCUUAUGAUCCCUUCAAGUUGGACGUGUUCAUCAUUGGGAACCUCAUCCGCCGGCACUUUUGCGAUAGGUACUCCAACCUGCAAAUGUUGGAACCACUCAUGAAGCAAAUGGUACACCCGGACCCAACGCGUCGACCAACUGCCGCGAAGGCGUAUCAGCAGUUCACGGCCAUCCGCAGGGGCGUGUCGCCCAUAUACCGGUAUUGGAGUCUGCAGCCGCGCGACUCGUAUCUGCUGGUCAAAGUCUUCCGGCAUGUGUAUUCUCUGUUCUAUUCCAUCUAUCGCUCGAUCUUCUGA